AUGUCUUCCUACAGGCAGGCCUGCAACUACAGCAGCUACUCGCCCUGCGAUGUGAGCUGCCCCGCGCCAUAUGCAAACGCCUGGAGCCAGCCCUGCGUCACCUCCUGCGGGGACUCCCGUGCCGUGGUCUACCCACCGCCUGUGGCCAUCGUCUUCCCGGGCCCCAUCCUCAGCUCCUGCCCUCAGGAGAGCUUUGUGGGCACCUCAGCCCCACUGGAGAUAUGCAGCUCCUUUGGCUACGGGAGCUCCCUGGAUGCCCAGAGCUCCUUUGGGUCCGGCGCGUCCCUGGGUGGCAGGUACUCCUACCCCUGCUAUUCCCGCAGCUGUGGGAUAUACUGCCCUGCUAAGCCCUGCAAGGUUUCCCUGGAUGGCAAGACCCAGCAGGAACAAGAGUAG